GCUCCUAUCCAGACGCGUUUAACAGCGCAUUAAAAACCAAUUUAUUGUACACAAAAACUUCGUGGAAGUUAAUAAAAGCGGUGUUAGUCAAUUUAUUGGCAAAAUGUGUGUGUUUUAGUACAGUAAAAAAGUUUUUGAAUGAACAACUAACUAUUUUGUGUAAAUAAUAGCGGAAACUGCUGGUUGGGAAAUGUAAACAAACUGUCUCCAUCAAUGUCGCCAGUCCUCCCCAGGAUGGGCCCGGCCGCGGGGCGGGCGGCGGCAUGAGCACGUCCACCUCGCCCAAGUCCUCGCUGGCCAAGCUGGGCUUCUACCCCAAGCCGAAGACCUUCAAGGUCAUGGUGCUGGGGCAGGCUGGCGUGGGGAAGUCAGCGCUCGUGGUGCGGUUCAUAACGAGGCGGUUUAUCGGCGAAUACGACCCCAAUCUGGAGAAAGUGUACGCGUUCCAGACCAUCAUAGACAACGAGAUGGUGUACUUCGAGGUGCUGGACUCCGCCGGGGACCCGCAUGAGAGCGAGUACUCAAACCUGGAGAGCAACAUCCGGUGGGCGGAGGCCUUCAUCCUGAUGUACUCCGUGACGGACCAGUGCUCGUUCGACGAGUGCCACCGCCUCAAGUUCCUCAUCAACUACAACAAGAGGAGGAGACGACUGACGUCUUCUAUGAAGGAGGGCAUCCUAGAGGUUCCUGUAGUGCUGGUGGGCAACAAGGCGGACCUGGCCGGCGACCGCAUGGUGUCCACGGAGGAGGGGCACCGCCGCAGCAAGGACAUCGGCUGCGUGUGCUUCCACGAGAUCUCCGUCAGGGAGAGCAUCGAGCAGGUAUGGAGUGUAUUCCGCGACGCCCGGCGCUUCUGGCGCGUGAGCAGCAAGUCGCCGCGCCUGCGCGCCGCCGACGGCUGCGACGCGCACCCCGCCGCGCUGGCCCGCGCGCUCGCGCCUGCCGACCCCAAGCACUCCUUCUGUCGUCGCUGGACGGAGAUCGACGUGGACGAGGAGCAGGGGGAGCUGACGGGGGCUGCGGGGGGUGCAGGGGUCGCGGGGAGCGCGGGGGGCGCGUGGCGCAGCGACUCCACCUCGUCGUCGGGACGGGAAGGGGACGAGGCAGGGGAGGGAGACACAUUCCGCGCGCGAGCCAGCACAGACUCCCGCUUGCCGCCGCGGCCGGCCCGCGCGCGACACCCGCCGCCCACCGCCCGCGCCCCCGCCCCAGCCUCUAGGCGGAUGAGCGUGGCCAUGCGGGGCAACAACGCUAGCACUUACUGA